CGGAGUGUCACCGGACAAAGAUGUGGAACGAUAUCGAGCUCCUGCUGAACGAUGACACCGGGCAGCUCCCAGUGGGGUUGGGACACGAGUGUGGCACUGCCUUGUACCAGGUGGAUACACUGCUGCAAAUCACAUCUUCUGAGAAGGUCUCUGUGAACCCCCAGCUCCAUGCAUGCAGCUCCAGGGAUGGCAGCAUUGUUGUUGUGGACAGAUCUGUGGCACUUCUGGACAGCACUGGGCUGUCUCUUCUCAUGCACAUUCAGUUUGACACUAACGUGGAUGUAGUGGGUAUGUGUCAAGACAAACAAUUCCUAGUGGUUGGUGAGAGAAGUGGCAGUUUACAUCUUAUCCACAUCCCAUCAAAACAAACCUUGCUAACAAAGAUUUUGGUUGAACAAUCUACAAGUGAAAAGACUUACUUAAAUCUCUUUUUUGUUGAAGAUGAUGCAGAUGCAGGUGUUUAUCACCUGUUCAUUCUCACAAGCAAUGGAUGCUUCUGCAUUAUGUGUGUCCCACUUGGUAAAACACAGGAAGCAAUUGAGAAGAUGGAUAUGACUACAGCAAAGCAAUUACAAGGACAGAUAAAGACAACUUUCAUUGCCACGGGAGAGCAUCACAGCCUGGGCUGUCAGGAUUUUGUGAUCAGCAACUCAGAGAACAAAAUCCAUUUGAUAAUUGGGGGUAAAGGUGAUUAUGUGCUCUCCAAAUGGGAGGUGGACCCCACCAAUGCCCUGGUGUCUGCUCUGAGUUUUGCUGAUUCAAGUCUGAUCCAAGGUGCUGCAAAACUUCAAGUCCUUGACAAUCAACUGUUUGUUUUGGAUACAGAGAACAUCUUAAGCACGUGGGAUAUUUAUUCUCUCACUCUAAUUUGGGAUUGGUCUUUAAUACAUAUUGAAGAAUUUCUUCUCACUACUGAGUCAGACUCCUCUCAAGUCAUGUGGCAAGGGCUUGCCAAUGUGAAACUGAUUGUCAUGACAAUGCCAGAUGACAAACAGAUGAGAAGCCUAAUGGUUUUUGCAUUGCCAACUAUGCAACAGCUCUAUUCUCUGGAAGUGUCCCUUAUUUCUUCCCUUGUUCAAAGUGGGAUUUGGACAGAUACAAUAUACUUCUUGGAAGGAAUUCGUGAAAACCAUCAGAUGCCCUCUGAAGACCCAGUUUCUAUAGUUGUGAUGAGAAGUUUAACUGAAGCCUUGCCAGAAAAUAGACUAAGUCGUUUACUGCACAAACACAAAUUCACUGAAGCAGAGAAUUUUGCUACUCAAUUUGGACUGGAUGUGGAGCUUGUAUACAAAGUAAAAGCAAACACUAUUUUAGAGAAACUGGCUUCAGCUUCUCUUGGGAAUUACUGCCAGGAAGCCUUGCUGGAUCUUGGCAAUGAAGUCAAAGAAAAUUUGCAAAAAAUUCAGGACAACCAUUUUGUUGUGAAUUACUGCAUAAAUGCUCCAUGGCCACUGUAUGAAACCACUCGAGAAAUGCUGAAUUAUGCUAAAGUCAGAAUCUUGAAGAAAGACAAUAGAACCAAUGUUCCACCAUCUGAUGGGGCUCCAGUGUCCAUAGCUGAGGUGCUGAGAGCUCAGGCAAGGCUUACAACAUUCUAUGAAGCUUUUGGACUAGAGAAAUUCAGUGGCAUUGCUUGGACAGAAUUCCUGAAUAACGAGGACAUGUUCAAGAUGAUUGUUUCUCAGCUGGAGGAAGGAAAUUUGCCUUGUGCACAGUACCUCUGGCUUAGGCAUCAGGCAGAUUUUGAAAGCAGCUUUGAUGAGAAAAUGCUGAAGGAUUUGCUCAAUGCCAUCCAUUUCCCUGCUCUUUUGAAGGAACUUUGUGUGUGGCUUAAAAAUUUUGUGAUCCCCUUCUCAAGAAUGGUUGUGCCAGAUGGACAGAAAAUAUUAGCAAAAUGGCUGGAACAAGCUGCUCGAAACCUUGAAUUAACUGACAAGGCAAACUGGCCUGAAAAUGGACUCCAGGUGGCAGAGAUUUUUUUUACAAGUAAAAAUCAAGGUGAACUGGGAGUGACAGCUUUUGGCAAGUGGACUCCUUUGAGGUGUGGCGACUCUGAAGAGAUACAGAGGUUAAAGAAGCUGGUAAAUGAUUUACAAGAAUUGAGAAAUCUGUACAGAAAAUACAACUGCAGGCUGGCAUUCUGUGAUUUUGAAAAGGAAAAUGCAGCCACUAUUGUGUUUCGCAUGCUCGAUAAAAUUUUGGCACCAGAGCUUGUCCCAUCAAUUUUGGAGAAGUUUAUAAAACCCUACCUGUGUGAACACAACCUACAAAAAGAUGAGCUUCUUCUACAGUAUGUCAAGGAUUUGCUGGAGCGCUGUCGGACACGAUCCAGUUCAGUGUUUGAAACUGCCUGGGAGGCCAAGGCCGUGGCUGUCAUUGGCUGCAUCUCUGACACAGAUCUGAAAUUUGAUGCAGUCCUGCAGAUAAUGUGUGGGGCUGUGGUGCCAUGGAGUGCAGCAGUGGAGCAGCUGGUCAAACAGCACCUGGAAAUGAAUCAUGUCAAAGUGAAGUUACUGCAGGAAAGUUACAGACUCAUGGAGAUGAAGAAACUUUUGAGAGCCUAUGGGAUAAGAGAUACCAAUCUUUUAAAGGACAAGCAGAUGAUAAUGAGGCUUGUGAGAUACAUUCUCAAACAAGAUACCCCUACUUGCCUGGAGGAUGCCUUGAAAAUUGUGGAAGCCUACAUGCUGCCCACUGGGGAAGUCUACUUCCUGAGGAUGAUGGAUCUGAUUGACAAAGAAAGGGUAGAGGAAUCUCUGUCUUUGUUAAAAUCUCUGCCUCUUGCUAAGGCUGAGGAAGUUGCAGAGAGGUUGACCCUGGGGGGAAGACUGGUGUUACAGGACAAAGCAGAUGAUCCUGAACAGCAAAACCCACAAAUGUUUAUGACUAAGACACUGGUGGAAGUCCUUAAAUUCUGGUUCAGGAUUCAAAAAGACAAUCCCGUGAAGAAAUAUGAAUGUGGAGAAAACCUAAAGAUGUUUGAAACACUUGCUACCCUGCAGGAGUAUUUUAUCUUUCUCUCAGAUAAAGAAUACAGGAACCCUUCACUGCUAUCUGCACUUCUUGAGGAUCACAUAAGCUCUUAUGAACGUGUCAGAUCUGCACCCAAGUCUAGAAAUGUUCAAGCAGUGAAUUGUAAUUCAGAAGGUGGCAAGCCCAAAACCCCUCCCACCGAAUCCAGGUUGUACAGACUGGCUUUGCUCCUGCAAGUCUCAAAGCAUGAACUGGGAGAAAAACUGGCCUUGAGAGCCCUGGAUGAUGGAAAAGUGGAAGUGGCUGUCAAUAUAUGCAGGGAGUUCUAUGAAAAUAGCUGGAAUGAAAAUACAGGGAAGCUGCUGUUUGCAGUGUGUCAAAGGCUUUGCCACGUGCUGGGAGUUGAUGUUCCAAUGAUCACUCCUGAUGGGAUGGAUCUCCCAGCAGUGAUCCAUGAGCUGGCUGGCCAAGCAGCCACUCUGUGCAGUCCAGAUUUAGUGUUGGAUUGUCUGGAACUGUGUAAAUACACUUCACUUGCCAAGGAAAUUCAUGGACAGUGCCAAAUGGACAACUAUGAAUUUACAGCAGAGGCAACAUCUUCUGGAGGAGAUAAAGAUCCUUAUGAAGAGUGGACUUCUGAUGAUUUCUUUAAAGAAGAUGGGAUAGUCCUUGAUCCUCACACAUCUCUUCCAGUUGCAUAUGAACUCACUUCUGCUGUUCUGCCUAUUUGUGAGGACAAGCUGUACCCCCUGGAGUCUCAAAGCCUGGCACACAGAGCAUUCAUGGAAGGACACAACUUCCUGCUGCCCGUUGGAUCUCCCUUCUCUGCAGCAGUGCAGAACCUGCUGGAGUGCAGCCAGUUCCAGCUGGCCCUGCAGCUCACGGUCUGGGGCUGUGGUUCCUGCCUCCAGCACUGCAUUUCAAACACCACCGAUCUGGCCCUGAGGGAAAAGCCACAUGACACUGAUCUGCUCCUCACUGAAACCAGGAGCUUCCUCAUAGCAAUGAAAGAGAGGAGCACUUCAGUAAUCAGGACCUCAGUGCUGAAUUUACUGCACAAGGUGUUCAACUCUCGUGUCAUUGAUCAGAACCUGGCCCUGGGCUAUUGCACCAUUUUGCCCAAGGAAGAGAUGUUCAAUAAGCUGUGGGAGAUCAUCAACAAUUCAUGGCAGAAUUACAGAAAAGUUUUGGCAGUAGCUAAGGUGGGAGCAGAGCUUGCUGACCAAUAUGGUGAAGCAGAAGAAAACAGAAAAUUCCAGGAACUGGUUGUUGAUGCAGAAUGGGGUAUCCAGCUUGGUAAAUUUGGAAUUUCUUUUGAGACUGUGUUUAGACAGCCACCAAUAAGGAAGAAAGAACUCAUAAGAGUGCUGGUACAAAACCCAGAAAUAGACACAGGUCUCAUCUUGAAUUACUGCAGCACUUUCAUGCUGGACAGUGAUGCUGCACUGCAGCUUUGCAUUGAAUCCCUUCUGCUCCAGAAUUCAAACACAAAUGAUGCUGAAGAUGACUCUGCAGAAUGCAGUGAGAGGCAACCUCAUUCCACAUUAUUGGCUAGAGCACUAAAAAUAAUUCCUCUGCUGAACAGCACCCAAGACCUGGUCAUGAGUCUCAGUGGAAUAUUGUACAAGCUGGAUCCUUAUGACUAUGAAACUCUGGAAAUUGUCCUGAAAGUGAUCCAAAGUGCUGAUGAGAAGAACACCAGCAUCCAGCUGAGCCAGGCUUUGAGCCUGCUCAAACAUCUGAACUCUUACACAAGGAUUUCUGCACCAGUGGACCUAGAACACCAAUAUGUUUUGGAGCAGAUGAUUCCCUUGUCUCCAGCUGCUCACACCAGGCUGCCCUUUCACCUGCUGUUCUUCAGAACUUCCCAAUGUUUCUGGAACAUUAUAUCUGCAGAGCUCAGUGAGGAAACCUUCCCAACCCUUCUGCUGAUUUCCAAACUAAUGAAGGUUUCCCUGGACACCUUCCACAUGUCUGCAGUUCGACAUGUCUUUGAAAAAAAACUGAAACCAAAAAUAUUGGAAAUGAGAAGCAGUGGCUGUACCACCAUUGUUAACAAGGAAACCAUCAGAACUGUGCAGGCCCUUCAGUCCUAUUUGCUGUCCAUAGUCAAUCCAGAGUGGGCUGUGGCCAUGGCUCACAAGAUUGCCCAGGAAUUCCCCACAGGUCCUGACCAUGUCCAGGCACUAAAAUUUUGUCUCUAUCUGGCUGAGAAGUGGCUGAAGAGCACUACAGCUGAGGAUGAGCCCCAUGGGAGAGCAGAAGUUCUCCAGAGGAACUUACAUGUCCAGUAUAAGAGAGCAGCAACAGAAAAUGUCCUGAUAACAAAUAACUUGAAUAGUGGGGAGCAUCUAAAGUCCAUUGGGAAACCAGCAAAUCUGAUUGUUUUACUGUAUGAACACCACAGCAUAGACCAGAGAUUCCAAAACCCAGCUGGCAGAGAUUAUCCAGAUAUCCAUGUGGCAGCUAAGGAGAUUGCUGAGAUUAACAACUUGGAUAUGAAUAAAAUUUGUGACAAACUGUUGGCCAAAUGGCUGUGUCCAAGCACACCAUCCCCAGGGAAAACCCAAGAAAUCUUUGGAGAUGUACAGGAGGAUGAAGAACUCCGAAGGGUUAUUUAUCUGCUUCAGUCUCGCCCAAUGGAUUACAGUUCAAGAAUGCUUUUUGCAAUUACAACAGCUGACACAUCUCCCUUUGGUGACACUCAGCUGACCUUUGCUCACAGGACCAGAGCAUUCAGGUGUUUGCUCUACCUGGCAGAUACCAACACUGUGGAAUCACUCUUCAAGAAACCCAUUGAGAAAGUCAAGUAUUUUCUGAAGUGCUGCAUUUAUCUGGCAGAGUUUGAGAUCUUGAAUAUUCCAUACACUUAUGAAUCAUUCCACAAGAGCCCUAAGGAAGGCAUGAUCAAAGGGCUAUGGAAGAACCACAGCCAUGAACCCAGGGCUGUGAGACUGGUGACAGAGCUGAGUUUAGAAUUCAAAGUCUAUGAUCCCCAGCUCUGGAAUGGCCUCCUGCAGAAACUCCUGGCCUUCAACUUGAUUCAGUAUCUAAGAAGAGUUUUGGUUGCAAUUACUGGGAUUCCUUCAUUAUGGGAGAUUCCCAGCUUCAGCCCAGCCUGGCGCAGCGUGGUGCUGUCCCCUUUCCUCACAGCCUCGUGUCCCCCAAGUCGCAGGCAGCUGCAGGAGUGCCGGGAGGGCUUUGUGAUCCUGCUCAGGUGUCCUGUCCUGGCUGACCUGGAUAUUGUUGGAAUUGCUAAACAAUACACCCAGCUGGACCUCCCAGCUUUUGCCCUGGGGUGCCUCUUGGUCAUUCCUCACUCUGAGAAGAGAGAGCAGCAAAUUCAGGGUUUGUUAUCAACCUGUAAGAAAGAAACUGUGCUGCAACAAUUGGAUGAACACAUGGACACUGGAGAACUGGUAGCAUUUGCUUCCCAGAUCAGCUCUUUGGUUUUGGACAGUAUCAUCAACGAGAAGCUCUAUGAACAGUUCUGGAAAACCAAAUAUUAUCCACUGUUAAAGCAACACCUGAUAAACACCCACAGAAUAAAAGAGCUGGUGGAUUAUUUUGCCAAAAAUAACUGCCUCGAUGAUGCAAAAGCCCUGAUUCAAGAGUAUCAAGAGAAAUGUGGAAACCCUGCUCUGGCAGAUGUCCCAGCAUCUGAUCUUCUGCAGAUGUACCUGAAUGGAUCAGAGGGAUCCUGUGUCCUGGAAGUGCCAUAAAUUAGGUCAAGCUUUACCCUUUUCCCUUCUCCUGGCAGGAGGUGGGGCUGUGCAUUCAGAACUCUUGUACUGCUCAAGAGAACAUCAGACUCAAACCCCAGAGCUUUUCCCAAGAGCGUCCACAACCCCUCCACAUUUUUUCCAGCUGUUCUAGGCUGCUUCUCCUCCAUUCUCCACCCCACAAAAACAGUUCAGACUCACAGCAGAAUUUCCUGUUUGUAGUCAUCAGUUCAUACUCAGCACUUUAACUUUGGGAAUGAGUAAAGUUUAUUUCCUUUACUAAUGUAUUUCCCCAUGUUCAGGCCUGCUGUCAGGACCACAACAGAACCUUGUCAUCACUGAUAAACUUCUAUAAAACUGCAGGGGCUGUGGUUCAUGUAAAAUACAUUGUAGACAAAUUGUAAGUCUAACUUUACAAACUUAUGUAUCAAUUUUGGCCUUUGGGUAAAAAUAAAUAAACUUAUGUGUCAAUUUUGCCCUUACAAUAUAAAUAAAAAAAACCCUCAUGCAUCAAUUUUACAGGAUUCUAUAAACCUCUUAAUUAUGAACUUCUCAGUAAAUUGAUAUUCCAGUCAAUAAAUUCUCUGAAUAUCACGUGCCAAGAUUUUCUUUUCAACUUUGCUCUGACUUCAUGAAUUGCAAUGAGCCAGAGCAUCUUGAGACACCAGCCUG